CAAGUCUCCACCUCAUUUUCUAUACCAGUCACACACAGACUUUCACUCAUCUGGCUUCAUAGUGCUGCGAUUUUGACUUCACUUCUUAUUUACUGCAUCAACAGACAAGGUGUCCAUGUGACUGAAAUCGGUCAUGGAGGAACCGUGCCGAAUCGAUCUGACCUACAUCACUGAACGUAUCAUCACCAUAUUCUGCCCCCCUGGAUGUCCAGAGGAGACUUACCUGCAAAACCUGCAGGAGAUUAUUAUCAUGCUGCAGUCGAAGCACGGACACAACUACAUGCUCAUCAACAUCUCACAGAAGAACGACACUCUCACACAAAUGAACCAUAAGGUUCUGGACACAGGUUGGGUGGAUCUCUUGGCUCCCAACCUGGAUCAGAUCCUCAGUGUGUGCACGACGAUGGAGAACUGGCUGCAGACAAACCCGAAGCAUGUCCUGGUGUUACACUGCAGGGGAGGCAAAGGUCAGCUCGGAGUCCUCGUGGCUUCUUACAUCCACUUCAGCAACAUGUCGGCCAGUGCAGACCUUUCUCUCGACCACUUUGCCAUGAGGAGGUUCUACAAUGACAAACUGUCUGCUCUGAUGACCCCCUCACAGAAACGGUACGUUUGGAUGCUGGGGAGCAUGUUGAAAGGGGGACUGAGGAUGUGUCCCUCUCCGUCUUUCCUCCUCUGUGUCGUUCUUCACGGUCUCCCCAAACUGAGACCAGACGGAGGAUGUUGUCUCUUUCUGAGAGUCUACCAGAGCCUCCAAGCUGUUUGCACAUCAGCAGUUUACCAUGUCGCUGCAGGACAGACGGACCGGCUCUACUUUGUGCUCCAGCCGGCUCAGCUGCUCAAAGGGGACAUCAUGGUGGUGUGUUAUGAUAAAAACAGCCGCUCCGCCAGCCGUCAGGUCAUCUUCCGCCUACAGUUUCAUACAGGACUCGUAAAUGGACACACCCUCACUUUCCUGAAGGCGGACCUUGACUGUGCCAGUGAAGAUCCUCGGUUCCCAGAAGAUGGAAAAGUGGAGUUGAUUCUUUCUGAAAGUCCUGAAAAGAUCACAGGCAGAGAGCUGUGGCACAACGGAGGCUCUGUGACAGUGGACUAUGACACCUUGGACCCUUUGGUCCGACGAGACUCUUAUCAAGAGACGUCCUUUCGCGAAGCAGCUCCACCUCAUGUCCUGCACCCUGGAAAUGGCAGCUUGUUCACUAGAGUGAGGGAGAAGAGCAGCGAGGAAGGAGUUUCAUUCCCCCCGACCACCAGCAGCCCCAGCUGCAGUGACCGAGCUCCAUCUGCCAGCAGUGACUCAGGCCUGUCUGUUGCCUCACAGGGGAGGACCGGAGCCAAACAGAGAAGAGGGGCCUCACAGGACAAGUGCACCCAGGCAGGGAAGCUGCUCUCUGGGUUGGACUUUGAGAUUGCACAGCCUCUUCUGGAGGUCAUGACCGAGCUUGCUGCUUGCGGAGGGGAGGAGGAGAUGGUUGGGAAUGAGUCUGGGUUGGGACACACUAUCAACGGAGAGGCUUCAUCCAGCGAAAGGGAGACUGAUAUACUGGAUGAUGAGGAUGAAGUGGAUGAUGUGGCAGCGUCUGCUUCAGACACGCCGAACUCAAGUAGAACCUGCUCCCUGUCCUCAGGGAAUCUACCUGAAACUCAGAGGUCGGUCCAAACGGAGUACUCCACACACUCCUGGGUACGGCAGCAGCAGAUGGUGGAGGUCAUCACCAAUAAUCACUUUGAAGUGGAUACAGAGGAGAGGUCAAGCAGAGUUAGAAAACAGAGGCCACCGCCCCUGGUAGCUCCUGACACACCACCCCGAGGCAUCAGCAGCAGGGAGGCCGUGCAGAGAGGGCUGGUGGACGAGCACGGGACACACAGUGCAGAUAACAAAACACAGUCUUGCCAAGAGGAUGACAUGGAGUCGCUGACCACAGACAUCGAUGAGUCCAUAGAGCAGCUGAACCAGCUGAUUCUGGACUUGGACCCAACUUUUGUCCCUGUUCCUACUCGCUGUGCCCCCCUGUCCCGUUCCGCCUCCCUCCACACCAACGGCCUCAGCCACAAGGGAAAUACACAUCUGUCAGGGUGGAAACAGCAGAAGCAGGUCAGCGAUGUGACGGACUACGCCGGCCUACAAAGUCCAGGAUGGAGAGGGGGCGGACCUCAGACCUUCAGGGGAUCCCCAGCCCACAGUCCCCCUUUCUCCCUUUCUCGGCAUGGCCAUCUCCACAAAGCCAACAGCAUGGACUAUCAGGGCCGAACGGACAGCUCGGACAUUGUCCCACAGACUCCGGCCUUCCCAGUGUCUCCUCCAACGCCCUAUGUGAAACAUUUCUCAGAGUUUUCCCAGCUCAGGACUGGUGGACAGUGGGACCAACACAGCUGGACACAAGAUUCCCGGAAUUUCCUGGACAGCAUGAACCACAGUGGCGGCUCCUCAGAGGGAGACCUGUUCAGAUCCGAUGUGUCAGUCACUCCUGCUUCCUGUCAGAGGAUUUUUGGCUCCAUGUGCUCAGUGUCAUCAUCAGGAAGCCCCCUCCCACACACAGACAGUGCCACUCCUCCCUCGGUGUGGCAUGACCAGACUCCAAACUCCCUGAACUCCCGGUAUCCCCCCCAGCCCUCACCCCCUCUGUCCCUCAGCACUCCCAACGCCCACAGUUCUCCCCGGGGGGCUCUGAAAAGCCUGGGUGUCCACAGAGAGACAGACAGCACAGAUUUGUCCUCGUUGUUGUUGGGGAACGGCGGCCUGGAUCACAGCCUGCUGGAGGCUGUGGAGGGGCUCGGGAGCCUGAACCUCAGGGGAGACGGGGGCCCCGCUCCACUGCUGCCUGAGAAGCGGAGAUGUGGUGAGGGGGGAGAUCUUGGCUCCCGCUCCCCUUCUCUAAGCGGGUUUUCCAGCCCUCACAGUGGUAGCAGUAUCAGCAUCCCUUACUCGUCUUCAAUGACCCCGGACCCCCUCAGAGGACUCAGUGGGGCCCCUUCACCCGGAGCAGACUUUGGCAGUAAGCAGGACACUGUGAAGUUUGUUCAAGACACUUCCAAGUUCUGGUACAAGCCUGACAUUUCCAGAGACCAAGCCAUUGCCGUGCUAAAGGACAAAGAGCCGGGCUCGUUCGUUGUCAGAGACAGUCACUCGUUUCGUGGGGCGUACGGGUUGGCUAUGAAGGUGGCAACACCUCCUCCAUCUGUGUUACAACAGAGUAAGAAAGUAGGAGACUUGUCCAACGAGCUGGUGAGACAUUUCCUGAUAGAGUGCACACAGAAGGGAGUUCGACUGAAAGGCUGCCCUAAUGAGCCCUACUUUGGAAGUCUCACUGCUCUGGUGUGUCAGCACUCCAUCACCCCUUUGGCUCUGCCUUGUAAACUCAUUCUGCCUGAUAAAGACCCUGUGGAGGAACUGAAUGACUCAUCUGCACAAACAGCAACAAACUCAGCAGCUGAACUCCUCAAACAGGGAGCAGCGUGUAAUGUGUGGUACCUGGGCUCUGUGGAGCUGGAGUCGUUGACGGGACACCAGGCAGUUCAGAAGGCGACCACAAUGACGCUGUCCACGGACCCUCCGCCGCCCUCGACUGUCGUCCACUUCAAAGUGUCGGCACAGGGCAUCACACUGACCGACAACCAGAGGAAGUUGUUCUUCAGGAGACACUACGCUGUCAACACCGUUAUAUUCUGUUCUCUGGACCCACAGGGAAGGAAAUGGACAAGAGGCAGCGGAUCCACUGCAAGGAUCUUUGGAUUUGUAGCCAGGAAAUCUCAGAGUGAUACCGAAAACAUGUGCCAUCUGUUUGCCGAGCACGACCCAGAGCAGCCGGCAAGUGCCAUCGUCAACUUUGUCUCAAAGGUCAUGAUCGGGUCACACAAAAAGUAACGUGAGAGAUAUUCAAGACUACAGACUGAGGCUCAACUUCAGUGUAGACCUAAAAAAAACAGACUUCUAAAACAACUUUUCAUCCCAAGAGCAAAA